AUGGAGUUUGAUGCACCGCGUGUGAGCGUACGCGAAGACGCAGAACGACCACCGGAUGUACCGAAAAAGGACUGGAGCAUUACGCCAGCAGCCAAGGCGAUCGCAGAGACGCGGCAGAGCAUGAUGGACCGCACCUGUGCAGAGCUGCUGUGGAUCGAAGCGGCACAUGUUCUGCAGGCAAGCACAGCGUUCAAAGUGCGACAAGCGAAUGAUAUUGUUAAGCAACUAGAAAUCCAGGAUCCUGGUGCGCAUAUCCCGCCGCCAUUGUCGGCGUCCGAUGAAGCCGACAUGGCGAGUGGACGGAUGGAGGCGAUCGGCCGGCAUGUGGGCGGCAAUCUGACCGAGCAACUGGUGCGUGAUCGACCUCGCCUCCAAGACACGCUGGAACGUGUCAAGUUUGUGUGUAAAGAGUUAUGGACAGUUGUAUGGGACAAGCAGAUUGACAACCUACGAACGAAUCACCGCGGUGUAUUUGUGUUACAGGAUCAGGCGCUCAAAACCCUGGCGGCGUUGGGUCAGACAGACCGUACGAAUGCGUACGUGGCGAUGCAACUGGCGUAUGCAGCGGGCCUCAUCCAGGGCGCUAUGGAACGCCUGGGCGUGCCAUGCUCGGUGCAAGUGGAUGCCGAGUUUCUUCCUAUUUGUGCUUUUCAUGUGCGUGUGCCGUCAUAG